UAUUCACAGAGGUGAUUCGGUCAUGCAGAUGAAGCAGAGGCGUGGAGAAGGAACCCAGCAAAUGGGUUGAGGAGGAGAAGCAGCGAAGGGAGCAAGGCUGGGGACAUGGAAGAGAACAGCACAGGAAGAUCCCUGUAUCCCAGUAUCUGGACACGAUCCCGUACCAGGAGAAUUUCUCAACUGGUCACCCAGCUGGAGAAUGUGGUGGCUGAACUCAGUGCUCAAUCUGACCAACUGCUGGACCUCUAUAGGCAGCAGCUGGGCCCGCCACUAGAUCACCCAGACUUCAUGCCCCCAGACAUUCCCCUGGGUCUCCCAGAGCCUCCAUCCACCCAGCCUGGGGUGGCCUGGCUUUCCCAACGCCUCUGGGCAUUCACCCUGCUCUCCUGUCUCCUGGGACGUCAGCUUGAUGACCAGAGGCACCUUCGGCCCUCCCAAGUCGGGCUCCUAGAUCUGCUGGCUUACUACUGGACUAGCCUCCGUGGACUGGUCGCAACUUUGGAGGGGUUUCUGGGUACCCUGGGAGUGAAGACUGUGACCUACCCCAUUCCUCCAACCCCGCCGCCAGAAGAGAUGGAGUGCCUGGCUCCUGGGCCUCCUGAGAGAGGCACUGAGGGAGCAAAUGUCUUCAAGAUGAAGGUGCAGGGGUUGCUGGUGUGCCUCCGCUGUGCCUUCUGGCUGCAGGUGUCUAAGGGGGGCUUCCGUGCCUCCUCCCUCCUUCUCUGAGGGGACAUUUCUAGGAACAGCAUUCCCUCCGGCAGUACUCCCUCUCUCCUCACAGUCUCAUUCCUUCCUUCCCUUCCUGUGUUUUUCUCCGUCCUUCUGACAUCUCCCUCCUUUCUUGCUGCCUCUCCACCUUCCUCCCUUUCCAAUAGUCUCCCUCUCUGCUAUCCUCCUUCCUCUUCCUUCCCGCUCUCCUCUCCCUGCCCUGUGUCUCACCAUAUGGCCCUGCGCUCACCAUAUGGCACCUCCUCUGAAUGAUCCUACCUGGUCCCACCACUGCUGGGAGCCCAUUGCCUGAUUCCCACUCACUGAGGCGGAAGGAAUGCUUAGGUGAAGUUCUGGGGAGCCCGAUGUCCUGCAUUAAGAACAGCCAGUGUCCCAGACAGUCUCUCAGCCAGUUCUAGGGCUCAUGGUGAUGGUUAGGGUCAUAAAAGUGGUUGGUGGAUGUAGAGUUUUCUGUUUCAUGUGUGUGUACGAGAGAGAGAGAGUGUGAAUUUGAUACAGGGAGGUGUGUGUAUGUGUGAGAGACGGUGAUUGUGUUGGCCUAAGGGUGAAUCUGUAUUUCUAUAUGAGAGAAUGUACAGAGCCUCCUUGGAAGUUUUCGUAUUUUAUUGUUUUACAGCAUUGAAUCACAGUGGAUUUAAUUUGCUUUCUUUGACACUGAUCAUCAGAAAAAAACUCU